CCAUCAUCAUCAUCAUCAUCAUAUAAAAAAGAAAUAUUUUCUAUUAUUUCGCUGCCGGAGGUUUGUAGGAGGGAUAUGGCUCAAGAAACCAAUCAGACUCAAGUGCCUAUGCUAUGUACCACUGGUUGUGGAUUCUAUGGUAACCCACGCACAAAUGGCAUGUGUUCUGUAUGCUAUAAGGACUUUCUUCAAAGGCAAAACAGUAACGGCAGGAUCAGCCCUCCUGCAUCUGCUAAUUGCACCAGUUUAGCAGAAACCUAUCCUGUUCAAUGUACAGAAGGGAAUCCCCCAGAAGUACCAUCAUCAUUCUCUUCAUCUACAUCUGAGCAGUCAAGGUCCGUGCCCAACCAGUUGCUGCUAUUAUCCCAAGAAUCUGUAGCAAAUACUCAGAGUGAUGGGGAACAUCCAGAAGAAAACCAAGCAAUACCUAAAAAGGACUUGCAGGCUUCCACGACAGAAGAAAUAGCACAGACGUCUUCUGAUGGACAAGAAAAAUCUCCUGAGAAACCUAAGCAGAAGAAGAAUCGUUGUUUUACGUGCAGAAAGAAAGUGGGGCUUACAGGAUUUGAUUGCAGAUGUGGAAACUUGUUCUGCGGAUUACAUCGUUACUCUGAUAAACACAGUUGUCCUUAUGAUUACAAAGCUGAUGCUGCUGAAAGAAUAAGGAAAGAAAAUCCUGUUGUAGUUGGAGAAAAGAUCCAGAAGAUUUGAACUGCUACUCACAUUAUUUUUUUUCUUUUUAAACCACGCGAACCUAAUUAAACAACAAAGAGGAUAACCUGAGCUUUUGUAGUCCUUGAUGGAAAUUUGGAACAUUGUACCUUACAUAGAUCUUUAAAUCAUGCAUGCCAUGAAAAUUAGAACUUGAGAAAUGACUUUGGGAAGUUGAUUCAAUUUUCUUUGAAUAAUCUGUGGUUGGAAAAUUACUGCAUAUUUAGGAGCAAGUCCAUUAUACAGGCAUUUUAAUUUUAGUAAAGUGCAAGGCUUUUAUAACAAAACAUAGGUUAAGUAUUGGAGGGCUGUGCUUUUCCAGUAUUACAUGCAUGUUUUUACCUUGCAUUUUUUCUUUCGUGUAUAUGGCCUUUCUCUGCAGCACUAUUUUCUAAUUCAACAGUGUCAUAAAUGGCACUAGAUAUCAGUAACAGAAUGUACGCUAAUCAUUACUGAUGCUUUUGUUCUGUUCAUGAAAAGGUCAAAUAUGUUGGCAUAGUAGCUUUCUUGCGCCUACAUCUCAUUGAUUAUUUAUGAUCCUUUAAAUGAGCGUAUGCUGUUUUAUGAUUUUGAAGUAUGUAUGUAUCUUGAAUGGAAAAAGCCUCUAUGCACUUCAAUGCAGACUGCAAGUUUAAUCGGAAAAUACAGUAAUGCUUAACUCUGAGCGUGCACAAAACAGAGGAUGGUGUUCUGAAGUAAUUAUGCUGUAUUUAUGUUAGUUUAUUCACUGUCUUAACUUUGACUAAAUAAAGUUAUAAAAGGAAAA